AUGAAUACGAGAGCACCCUCCACAAGUUCAAAAUACUACACCAACUCCAAUGUUCAGAAUUACAUUUCUGACUGGAUCAUUUCAUUCGUUCUACUUGUAUAUUUUUUCAGUAUAGCCGAACACGCCAACCCAUUUCAACGCCAAUUCCUGAUCACUGAUUUGUCUAUCUCGCAUCCGUUUGCAAUUGAAGAACGUGUAUCUGGGGUUGCAUGCAUACUCUUGGCAGCAUUCGUGCCCUUGGCAAUUAUUUCACUAGUUGUUAUUUUGAAAGCGUAUGGUGAGAAAUACAAAACAAAGUCUGACCAUUACAUGUGUUCCAAGUGAGUAUCUUGGGACUUUCUUUGUCUAUAUUUUUGGACGGUGUAAUUACGGAUAUUCUCAAGAAUUGGAUUGCGAGACCGAGACCAGAUUUCCUAGCUCGAUGUGGGGCACAAAUUGAGGGACACAUCAAUGAACUUGUCGAUUUGAGUGUAUGUUCCGCCCCUUUAGGAGAACUGCUUUUGUUGGACGGAUUGAGAUCAACCCCAUCCGGACAUUCAUCCAUUAGCUUUGUUGCUUUCUUGUAUCUUACCUUAUGGUUAUUGGGGCAAUUCAAGUUGUUUAAUUCUACGCCACAGUACAUGUACAAAUAUAUUUUAUCAUUCAUGCCGUUGUUACUCGCCACAUACAUAGCAUUGAGCAGAGUACAGGACUACAGACAUCAUUUCAUUGAUAUCAUUCUAGGCUCUAUUUUGGGUUGCACUAUUGCUGUGAUGGUUUACUUUCAUUAUUGGAACAAUUUGCAGAGUGACACAUGCGACACCCCCAAGUCAUUCAAGACACCUACGGACACUAUCUUGCCUUUAUAAU